UCCCUCAAUCCUUCUUAUCUUCUACUUUCAUCUCCUUUCCCCCUUUCUCUUCUUCUUUAUCUCAUGGCCGACUCCCACCCACCAACCUCCCCCGCCGCUACCCCUAGCCGUCUUCAGCGCCGCGCUCCGGCAUCCCUCCAAAUCAAUCGCUCCGAUUGGAAGGUCGCCAUCCCUCUCUUGUCCCCCCUCGUCUCUCCUUCUUCCUCUCCCAAAGAUAUCCACAGUUGGAGUACCCCCGAUUCAAGACAACCUUCCUCAACUACUUCUUCUUCUUCUCAUCAUCAUCACCUUCUUCAUCACCAUCACCAUCAUAAAGAAUCCGACCCGGAGAAGGCGCCGGUCUUCAAGAAAUGGCAGCAUCCGGCGGCUCCAUUUCAUUACGAUUCCGGUGCUAGGGCUCCCAGAUUUGUACCCGUUUAGAUUUUUGUUUUAUAUUCAAAGAAAAUAAAAUCUCUUGAAUUUGAUCUGUAGAUCUAACGCUCUCAGUUUGAGGAGCUUAUUGACUGCAACUUAUGCUUAACCACACUCGAAUAUUUGUACAUUGCUUUUCUUGUUAUUUAUGAAUUGCUCACAUCACUCAUUACUCAUUACA